AUGUCUCGUUUAUGGGAAGAGGCCUUAGGAAGCGACAUACCGGGCCUCACGGAUGCGGGCAUCGAGGCUUUCUUCAGCUGCUCAUCAAUCUCGAACGCAUCUUCGCAGACUCACCUAGCUUCCAUGGAUAGCUCAUCUAUUAUAAGCUCCCGGGAUUCAGUGGCCGGAAGACGCCGCCAUGCGAUCUACUUUCAUAGGCCCCCUGUUUGGCGGUCGAGCACAGACCCGACCUCAGGUCUAGCAGCAUCUGACGGCUGUAUGUGUCGGUUGAGUAGCCAGGAAAUAUGCAACCUCUGUGAGUCUAGGUUAUCAUACGACACUAUUGGUAGGCAAUCGGGUUCAUUCUCUUCGACUAUCGAUAAGGAGCACCGAUUAUGCCAGGAAGUGGAAGCCGCGAAUGCAGAUCUCCUGGCGAGUUUUGACUCAUCCACGUCGGAGUCAGAUCAGGGGAUUCCCUUGCUUGGGGAUUGGAAGAACUAUGAGCCAGGCAGAUGGUCAGAUUUGCUUUUGAGCGAGAUGGAAGCCCGGCCCUCAUGGCUCAGAAACCCUAAAGCGCGUUUGCCGAAUAUACCGCCAUUGCAAAUCUCUCACCGUCAGGUGAAACCAGGAUUAUGUACGCGUCUGAAAUCCUAUAGAGAUAUCCGUCUGGGGUUAGACGAGAGAUGGGCGAUCCAAGAGGGUUCACUGGUCAUUUGCAUCGAUCCUUUAUAUACCUUGAUUGAUCAGGAAACACCUCGGCCAGAUGAAUUUCAAAUAGUCAAUGGCGACGUGUACAUCAUUUGUCGCCUCUAUGCCGAUUUGUGGGCCCUCUGUGUCAAAGCAUCCUUUAAAUCUCUCCCCGAGAACUAUGGUGAUUCGGCCACGGCUGCAACCCCCUCCCUGACUUUCGGUUUCAUUCCUCUCUGUGCCGUGACCUUAGCAGCAAAUUUUAGUGCCUUCGUCGGGCGAAGCGACAGAUGCUCCGACUACCCUUCAAGCGAGCCGAGAUACCCUGGGAAUGGUUUACCCGUUCUGCCUCCUAUGCGCUCGCAUAGUCUCAUCGACAGUAAGCAGGUUUUCCAAAGUGAUAAACCCCAAUUUCCCUUGCCAAUCGUGGCCUUGACCACUUUGAAAAGCUCGGCCUUGGAGGACGAUACAGACUUUAUACCUCUCGACUCUACGCUGGAGCAAAUACUUUCCAAGUUGAUGGAUCACAAGGGUCGAUCAGGAGGGAUGAAGAGCCGUGUGACAUUCCCACACGUUUGGAGCAAUAUUAGGUCCUCGACAAUCUGGAAAUCCUCACAUAAAGGGAAGUGGCAUUCUUGGCCACGCAGUACAGGCGCGAACUUGAGAGCGUUUAAAGGUGGGUAUCGACCGGUGGGAAAGGCAACACGAUCUUCCUCCCCAAGCGAACGACUGAAAUUUCUGCUCGGUCUUUGA